CCUGGAGCCGUCGGAGCGCAUGCGCGGUCUAUUCUUCUAGUUUAUUAAUUUUUUUCAGACGAAAAUGGCUGCCUCUCUCAUCUAAACCUCUGCUAAAAGGAUUAAAUAAGCAUGAAAUAGCCAUCGCAAAUCGCAAUCCUGCUUCAAGACAAUAUUCAUGGACACCGAGGCGUAGUUUGUGCGCGCCGCUACAAAGAUGUUGUGGCUGUUCAAGAAGGAAAAUGUGUGUGAUACGAUUUUAACCCUUGCUAUUCCAUGAUCCGCCUACAAAUGAGAAAAUGAUGCACCAGGUGACCAGCAGCAGUAAUGACUAUUGCAUGAGUGGACUGGCAGAGGACUGUCAGCAUCCUACCAGCCACUUUGACUUAUGUAGCACACAAUCCAACAAAUUCUACCCCUCUCCUCCAAACCCCACUUUACAGCUGUCCCUCUCCAGCCUACCCCCUCUGCCACAGGGCAUGCAUAAACCCAUAACAUGCCAAAUGCAAGAGACCCAGAACGAGUUCCAGCCCCAGACGGUGAGGAUCAGGGCCGGUGAGGCUCCCGCGCCUGAUGGCUCCAAGAAGAAGAAGGGCAUAGUGAAAUCGGGCAGACGAGGGAGGCCAUCGGGGACCACAAAGUCAGCUGGGUACCGUACGAGUACAGGACGUCCGCUGGGGACCACAAAAGCUGCAGGGUUUAAAACCAGCCCAGGAAGGCCUCUUGGCACCACCAAAGCGGCAGGCUAUAAGGUAAGCCCUGGCAGGCCCCCUGGCAGCAUAAAGAGUCUAGCCCGGCUCAAGAAGCUGGAGAUUGGCAAUUGUGACGCCACCAAGAAACUAGACUUCAGCAACUGCAGCGGCCCCAAGAAACUGGACUACACUAGCUGUGAUGUUGCACCCUUUCCAUAUGCCAUGAUGCCGAAAAGAGACCUGUGUGAGCCCAGUGGCAAAGCGGAGGAAACCAACGACUAGUUCUGAAGCUUUCUUUCUCUCCAUUGCUUGAAAUACAUUUGUGUGCAUGUGCAAGAGGAUGUUGAGUACAUUUCUCUAAAGGCGUGGGAAAGAAAUAACUUUUUUUGUCAUUGAAAUCAGCUAUGAAAUAAAUUUUCACUGUACAGUGUGGACAUUGUCUUCAUCCUGUCAUAAUAAACAACUGAAAUCACUCCUAUUUAGAAAGUAUGUUAUCCUGUUUGACAGUGAUGCAUGCAUAGGAAUUAAUCACAAUCAAAUCAAAAUAGGAAAGAAAGUAUGUAUUCAUCAUAGAUCAUAGUUUGUGGUUCAACACUCAUUUGGAGAGUGGAGCUUUUUCUCUUUUUUUUUCCCCCCCCUGAAGCCUUUUGUUUCUCUGAGUUGUGACAUGCUCUGUUGCAAUGCUUUAUCAUUAAUAAUUUCUAUUCCUUGUUGACAUUUUUUACAUUUAUAUAUAUAUAUAAAAAUUCAUUUUAGUACAGUUAAUUCAGCUUUUUCCUGAGCAUAUGUGGAAGUGUAGUUGUCCUUUGUGUUGUCCAGUGCAAUAUGUGUUUCAUUUUGUACUACUAUACUGCAUCAAAAAGAAAUGAGAGCACUGAGAUCAUUUUUUUUAUCCGCUUCAAUUGGAGAAUCUCAACACAAUACCUUUUUGAACACAAGUUUUGCUAUUUCUACACUUUGUGAGUAUGGUUUGGACUAUGUAUUGUAAUAGCCUCUCUUUGUCCUCACUCUCACUUCAUAAAGCAGACCCAGACUGAAGUGUAUGUUGUUAUGCCGUUCAUUAGAAAAAAUUAAUUUCAGCCAACAGACAAAAAAAUGGCUCGUGGACUCUGUAUUAAGCGCUAAUGUACUGUAUGUGAAACCAAAAUAAAAGAAAGACAAAAACAAAA